AUGUUCCCUUCUCUCCCCUCAAUCUCCCUCCUACUACUGAGCUGGGCUCUGCUGUCUUCGUGUCGCGAACAACAAUUAUUUACUUCUUCGGUUACAUACUGCGAACCUCCAGAAACACUUCUUAUCCAACAAUUCUUCGUGGCCUACUUCCCAAGUAACCAUUCAGUGUCGUUCAAUAUCUCCGCAGCCAGCGUGGAACCGAAUGUCAAUGUCACGGCCAAUCUUUACCUCAAUGUGUACGGAAUGGGACCCGUGAACGUGACUCUCGACCUAUGCAACAUUUUACACGGUGCACUGUGCCCCUUGCCAAUGUACAAUUUCACCGGUGCCGACUCCAUCCCGCUGCCAUCGAGUCUCAGCGUUUCAAUUCCCGGCAUCGCCUACAAGAUGCCUGACAUCGAGGCGUUUGCUCAACUCACUUUGACGCAGGUUGGCACAGGCCAAGUGAAAGCAUGCGUUCAGUCGACACUCUCUAAUGGUUGGUCAACCCAUCAACCUGCUGUUGAAUGGGCCACCGGGGGCAUCGCACUCUUUGCCUUCCUUUCCGCGUUCUGGCAAUCAAUCUACCCCGGCUCACUCGCUCCUUUCCGUUUUGUCGAGCUAUUCUAUCUCUAUCAGACAAUCGUUUCUUCCAACUUCCUCAGUAUCAACUAUCCAUCCGUCUACAGAAGUUUUGGGCUCAACUUCGCGUGGGCCAUGGGCCUUUUCUCUUCCUCGUCAUCCACCAUCCAACAGUCCGUCACAAACAUGCGACACCUGACUGGUGGACAUCUAGACGACCGUAGUUCUGAUACUGCGGUCGGCUUCGUCAACCGCAAAUUGAGCCCUUACAAUUUCCCCGGCAAAUCCGCCUUAGUCAUUCCCUCAAGCUCAUCCCCAUCGAAUAACGACUUCUCCGUGGCAGAUUUCAGCUCGCUUGCAGCCUUCUUUACCGCCCCGGCAUCCACGGCGGACCCGUCCAGUUUCAAGCAACUGUCAUCAUCCACAGAUGUACAGACCGUCACCUCGGCGUCCUCAAACGUACUCCAGGCUGGCGUACCCAUCUAUGUCAGCUCUGUGCAUAAACCAACGGCGAACGCAUUCACCACCAUCUUCCUCGUUUCGUUGAUGGUGCUUGCUAUCACAGUUGCUAUAUUUACCGUGGGACGCGUAUUGUUGAUCAUCUCCCAGCGGCGUAACUGGAAAAGUACAAACUUGGUACGGGCCUCCACAGCGUUUCCGUGGUUUGUCAAGGCUUGGUUCCUCAGAGUCACCGCUAUUAUUUUCGCGCCCAUAGUCAUCUUCGCUCUCUACCAAUGGACGCUGAAGGACUCCUGGCUCGCAGUCCUCCUCGCCGUUAUUUCAUUCCUUGGCGUUGUUGGCGCCAUAGCCUUCGUAUCUUUCGUCAUCAUCCGAUAUGCAUUUCAGAAGGACUCCGCCUCUCUGUUCUCCCACAGAGAGUACCUGAUUUCAUACGGAGCGCUCUUCGCCCAGUAUCGGACCUCGCAAUAUCCAUUCUACUUGGUUGCCUUGGCUAUCUUCUUCCUCAAGGCCGUCGUCAUAGCCGCAGUGGAGGGGCAUGGUCAAACCCAAGUCAUUCUUUGGGUUAUCAUUGAGGCAUUUUUGGUAAUUGCAACGCUGGUUCUACGACCACAUCAAACGAGAGGAGGUGAUGUGCUUUCAACGUACUUGGCGAUCACAAGGCUCGUCUCGGCUGGCUUGUUCAUUGCUUUCAUCGAGGGGCUUGCUGUAGCCCCCAUACCGCGAACCGUCAUCGCCGUUAUCAUCGCCGUGAUGUGGUCGGUCGCCGUAUUGGUGAUGUUUGUCAGUAUCUUACUGAACACGGGCGUCCAACGGUUAUGGAAGAAACCCCAUGUUACCUCGACGCUGGUCGGUAACGCCGAGCACACCACCGAUGUCGCCCCCGAUGUCACCACCCAUGUCCACAUCACAAUCAAGUGGCUCAGCAUUCACAAUAUCCCAAGUGUCUUCGUCUCCCCAAACACCGUAUUCACCGCAUCUCAGGUCUACACCAGAGCAUGGACAUUAGAAGCUCCAUACACUUUCAUUCUGCUAUCUAUUCGCAUCACUAUCUAUCUAUCCAGCAUUUUCGUUAUUCAGGUCUGGAUCUGCUUUAUUGUUCUCCGGCCAUGCCUUAAGAAUAAACGAGACCGCUCGUUGAACGCAACGGCAACCACCACCAUGGAAAUUUCCAUAGGCCUUGUCUUCACGCUCCUUGUUGGCCUGUUGCUGCCUGGUGUUGCGUAUAUCGUUUACUAUGCGGUAUAUGCGCCUCAUUGGAAUCCCCUCCGCCAAAUAGCCGGUCCUCCAGUACGGAAAUGGUUCGGAAACCAUUUGUCGUCGGUUCUAGAUCCUUCGGUGUCGCCCAAAGUUCACGAGAUCUUUGUUCAGCGUUAUGGGAGGGCGGUCCACAUUCGUGGCGUCGGCCCCUGGGAUGACCGGCUCCUCACACUAGACCCUCUUUCGAUCUCACACGUCUUAAAGAACUCACUCAUAUACGAGAAGCCAUGGCAGUCGCGAAAGCUGAUCACCAGCCUUAUAGGCUGCGGAAUGCUCGCCGCGGAGGGUCAGGUGCACAAACGACAACGACGCGUAGCUACUCCCGCGUUCUCCAUACAGAACAUGCGCGCACUAGUACCCCUUGUCUUUAAUAAAGGCAUGCAGCUUCGGAAUCGGUGGAUGGAUAUGAUUACUCAAAACCAGCAGAAGGGGGGCAAGGGAAAGGUGCUGGAUGUGUGUCACUGGGUUAGCAGGGCGACAUUCGAUGUUAUUGGGCUUGCGGGCUUCGACUACGACUUCAAUGCGAUUCAAGAUGAAACGAAUGAGUUGUUCGCCGCGUACAAGGAUAUGUUUGAGGUUGCUAUAUCGCAGGGAGGGAUAUGGAGGACCAUCAUGCUUGUAUACACUCCCUUCCUGAAUCGCCUAUUCCCUGACCAUACGACACGUCUGGUUCAAAGAUGUCAGGCGGUCAUCCAUCGUGUUGCAGGGCGCCUGGUGCAGGAGGGGAAGCGCAAAAUCGACGAAGGGGAAAAUAGUGGCAAGGACCUUCUGAGCUUACUGCUGAAGUCGAAUGCUGCCGUUGAUUUGCCCGCCGAACAGCGAAUCUCGGACGAGGAUAUCUUGCACAACAUCAACACCUUCAUGUUUGCAGGAUCAGACACCUCGUCUCUGUCCUUAACGUGGAUGCUCCUGUUGCUUGCUCAAAAUCCUCAUGUACAAGAUAAGCUACGCGCCGAGCUUCAGACCGUCGCUUCUCCUUCUGGUGAUCUGACUACGGAAGAGAUCCAGUCCCUAUACAGCACUGUCUCAGAUCUGCCUUACCUCGACAGCGUUGUCCGAGAGGUUCUUCGUCUCAUACCCCCCGUCCAUUCGUCUAUCAGAGUCGCCACGCAAGACGACGAGAUCCCUACGUCAUUCCCAGUGCGCAGAAAAGACGGCGCCGACAACGGCAAACGCAGUAUUCGGAUACCCAAAGGAAGCUUCGUGCAUGUGCCCGUGGAAGCAUUUAAUCUGGAUAAAGAGUUUUGGGGAGCGGAUGCAUGGGAGUUCAACCUGCCCGAGUCCGUGAAAGAACUUCCUGGACUGUUCAGCAACACGCUGACGUUUUCUGCCGGACCUCGUUCGUGCAUCGGUCUCCGGUUUUCAAUGAUAGAAAUCAAGUCGUUCCUAUACAUCUUAUUAACGAACUUCAAGUUUCAAGUCACUGACGACAAAAUAAUCAAAGCCAAUGUGUACGAACUAUUCUCAAUCUGA